CGGUGAUCAAAUGUCACCGGCCACAAGUAGCUCAGAAUUCGAUCCAAGCCAGUACCAACGGUGGACAUUGCUUAAGACAACCGCGAACUGUUUUGGAGUUCCAGUGUUGCGGGAACAUACAAACUCACACUUGUGGCGACUGCUAUUCUCCCAGACCUGCCCAAGCCCAGUCCAGGUCACAAACAUGUCUAAUGAAAGCAACUCAGAAAAAGCCACGGAUGGGCCCAAGAAGAAAACAGAACCGCAGAAUGAGCCUGGGUGCUCUGACAGACAACUGCCUUUCCGCUUCUUGGAUCUUCCGGGAGAGAUCCGAAACCUGAUUUACGCAUAUGUGCUCGCCCUGCCGGUCAGGCGCGAAGAUUCCUUCCAGAAUGCUGUUGGACAGACCUUUUUUAAGCAGAGCAUGAAAUUGUCUCCUGACUCGAGGGAGCGCUCCUUUGUCACCGUUGUGCCGCAACAGCCAGGCUUUUAUACUCCGUGGACGACAUGGCUUUGCGGAAGUAACAGCUUGGGAGAGGAUUGCAUCAUCGUCAAUGAGCUGCCUGCGAUCUUGAGAGUCAGCAGGGCGGUGGCGCAAGAGGCGAGAGGCUACUGGCUCAAGCUUCCUUUGUUUUUUGAAUUGCACGACGUCAGGUAUUGGAGGAACUACAAGGUGAGCGACCGGGUACAGCUCAUGCAACGCUGGGUGGACCACCAGAGCGUCGAUCGACUUCGCAACGUGAAGCUUGUCCGCGUGGCUGUCAACUACGAGGUUGAAGACGAUCGCGGGACCGAGCGCGUGGAAGGCGUCGAAAUUCCCUCUGGCGAGCACGACUCGGAUAACGACGAUUUCGGAUGGCUUCGAUGCCGCCGUGCCCUUUUCGACGUGGAGCGCACUGCAGACAGCAUCCUUAUCAAGGGAGGAUGCAUGCCCACCAGGGAGACCCAGACCAACCUGCAGCAGCAUCUGGAAGAUGCGCUGAGCGACAUGAGAGCAGUCACCGUGCAAGACCUGUUUCGAGCCGCCGCCGCCGUUGAGGCGUUCAGCUGCAUAUACGAAUUAAGGAUGCUUGCGAAGAAGGAGGACUGCGUGACGAAGAACGGGUCGGACUUCUUUCUUUCGUAUGCGGACUGGAAGAUCGUUGCGACGAUUUUGAGCCAUGCGAGAUACACGGACGAGUAGAUUGUACGGACGGAUCAAAUGGCUUGAGUCACGUUCUAGAAGAUAACGCACAUUGAUCGUGAGAACUGAGAAUAUGCCUCGCUGAUGCUGAAAGCUUUAUGAACAUACGGGAGCGUGGUGGGAUUGUAAGAAGUAACAGCAUGCAUGCACAGCCGAACAGGGUGGUCAGAAUUUGAUUCGAUGCAGCCAAGGGCGCUGCUGCAAAACAUUUUGUCCGUCAAGGGCGAUAAAUACAUUGCCAAAAGGGUCUUCCUUUUGUGG